AUGCCUUCUCCACCUGCUUUCAGCGACAUUGCCAAGGCCGCAAAUGAUCUUCUGAACAAGGAUUUCUAUCACACUUGUGCUGCCAACCUCGAGGUCAAGUCAAAGGCCCCCAAUGGCGUCACUUUCAACGUCAAGGGAAGAUCUGCCCACGAAGGUCCUAUCAGUGGAUCUCUCGAAUCCAAAUACGUUGAUAUGCCAACUGGUAAAGCCUCCCCAGACACCCCACGCAAGCCAUCACCUACCCGCCUCACCAUGAUCCAAACGUGGACCACCGCCAACUCCCUCGACACCAAGCUAGAGCUGGACAACACCAUCGUCAAGGGCCUUAAGGCUGAGAUCCUCACUCAAUACCUGCCCAGCUCCCAGUCCAAGGGCGCUAAGUUGAACCUCUACUUCAAGCAGCCCAACAUCCACGCUCGCGCCUUCUUCGAUCUCCUCAAGGGCCCCACUGCCAAUAUCGACGCUGUCCUUGGCCACGAGGGUUUCCUUGUUGGCGCUGAGGGUGGCUACGAUGUACAGAAGGCUGCCAUCACCAAGUACUCUGCUGCCGUCGCAUACAGCGUGUCCGAGUACACCGCCGCCAUCACCGCAUCCAACAAUCUCAGCCUCUUCUCCGCCAGCUACUACCACCGUGUCAACGCACAGGUCGAGGCUGGUGCGAAGGCCACCUGGGACUCCAAGGUUGGCAACACUGUUGGCUUGGAAGUUUCCAGCAAGUACCGACUUGAUCCCUCCUCCUUCGCUAAGGCUAAAAUCAACGACCGUGGUAUUGCCGCAUUGGCUUACAACGUCCUCCUCCGCCCCGGCGUGACUCUCGGCCUUGGUGCAUCCUUCGACACCCAGAAGUUGCACCAGAGCGCCCACAAGGUCGGAGCCAGCUUCACCUUUGAAGGAUAA